AUGAUGAAAUUACUAGGGUUAACGAUUUGUUCGAUUUUCGCAAAUGAGAUUUUCGGUGGAUACAGUUUUAACGAGAAUUGCCCGGAUGGAGAUCGAGAAGUAGCAUGUGUCCGCCAGUGCUCAUCCGACUAUGAUUUCUGCAAGCGCAAUUGCAACGAAAACUCUUUCUGCGAAGAAAACUGCGCGAGGGACAUGUUUGACUGCGGAAACAGCUGUCCUUGCCACACUGAAUGCUUCGCUGGCUGCAUUGGCUGUGAAAGCAAUACAUGUGGCGCCUGUUUCAUUCCGGAAGAAAAUGAAGACUUCACGAGUUGCUAUGAAGAUGCUGAGCGAGUUUACGCAAAUUGCCUCCUGUCCUGCAGUGGAAACAACCAAUGCGUGAGUCAGUGCCAAGAAAUAUUCUCUUCCGAAAUCAGAAACUGUCCCUGUGGCGCCACUUGUCCAAACGGCUGCCCCUGCGACAACGGCUACGGUGGCUGUCCAGCAGAAACCGGCUUGACCGUUCUUGGCGAUAGUUAUUUUGUCCUCGAACGCGUCGCCCUCUUCGUCGAAAACGAUAAUACUGUGUCCAAGCCAAACUGGGCAAUUCCCGACCGAUUCGUCUACGAUUCUGGGACUGCUCUUCUCAAGGGACAGCAGUUUAUUCUCGGAGGAUUGACGAAUUUAACCCAGAUCGCGAUCUUGAAGGAUUGUUCCGUUGAAAUGCAGAGCCAGAAGCUAGAAAUUGGGUUUUCCCAGCAUUAUGGAGAUAUGACUAUUUUGAAUGAAAAAAGUUAUUUGUGUUUCUCGACUUCUACCACUCAGUGGGCGCGAUGCGAGACUUUUGACGGAGAAAAUGUGGAAGUAAUCGAAGGAAGAUCAAACUAUGGCCACUAUUUUGGAUCUUUGGGGCAUUUUGAGAAUGAAUUUGAUAACUACAUGGAAAAGCGAUCGCUGACUGGAUCAUGGGAAGAAUUCGGAACUUUCCCUUCUGAAGUAUUCAUCGAGCGUGCUGCUACUGUUCAAGUUCCUCAAGGCUUCAUGGUUGUCGGAGGUCUUACUGAUGCGGGAACACUUUCUUCGAUCUGGCUUUUUGACGGAAAUUGGACAGAAAAGGGGGCUUUGAACAAACCGGUCCACUCGAACACCGCGAUUUUGAUGAAAAACAACUUUAUUUACUCAAUUUCUGGAUUCAGCGAAAAUCGAGAAGGCGAUAUUGAAAAGUUCCUGUGGGAUGGCCUUUUUGUCCGAGAUGUUGAAACUGUCCACAGAAUCGAGUUUGAAAAGAACCCAACCGGCGACUAUUUCACAACUUCUGUAGCUUUCGAAGCUCCACUUCAGUGUCUGUAG